AUGCGGUUAUCUGCACACGGAGCCAGGAAUUUCCAUCGGCUACUGCUGCUCUUUCUUCUCAUCGAUCAAGGUGUCAUGAGUGAUUUCUUCCUCUUGAGCACACAAGAAGGCUUAUUGGGACGAAUCCAGUCCAUAUCACUUGGAUACAACUUGUCUGGUGUCAUGUCCAUGUUGUUUGAAAUGGUGGAGACGAUGAACUGGAUGAGCGAGAAGAUGCGCUGUCAAGCUAAACGGCUGCUCUUUAACUACGAGACAGUUCUCAUUGGCGAAUUGAUAACAGCAGGAGUAUUGCAGCACUAUCUGACGUCCUUGAGCCGAUCGCAUUUACGAGAUACUGAGCCAGCAGCAGAGAUGAUCUCUCAUUACGUGAUGGGACUUGUUGGUCAUAUUGUACUUGCGUUGGGUUGUCUGGGUAUUAUCGUCGCUACCAGAGCCAUCGGAGCCAUAGUGUUCGUGAAGCUACAAUUCGGUACUCUGCGUGUCUUAACGAACACUUGCUCGGUGGAUGCUGCACUGGGGGCACGGAGUAAGCUGAUUCUGCUGAGUGGGUACAUUUGGGAGAACGAGGAGCUGUACUACAAACCAAGUGUGUUGAAAGCGCUGGGUGUCUUGAAAGCGGUUGAUCCUGAUGGUUACGAGUGUUUUGUGCACACGCAACUGCACUGGAUUGCCAUUCCACAAGACAAUCUAGUCGUUCUAGGGACAGUGGCGAAUAAGAGAGUGGAGCCAUGUCCGGAGCGUCUGUGUUCGGGUGUCGUGAGUUUAUUUGAUCACGCACUGGGUGGCUCUGCUGGCAACGUCCUUGGGGAUGAGAGGUUACUCCAGGACCGACACCAGCAAAGAUCAAGGUUCGAGCUGUAA